GGCAGUUCGAUAAUAUACGAUGGUGACGUCUGUCAUCCAUACAAAAAGUUAUUAAAAAAUAAAUUUAUUUAAAUAGCUUUUAAUGUGAAAGUUACAAUUAGACGAAAUGUGCACACCAAUAUUGGUAUCAUUAUCGGCUCCAGCAUUUUCAUAUCUACUUUAUGAAAAUGCAAAAUGCACUUUUCAACAGGAAGGAUUUUUAUUAGGAGAAAUAAUUAGAAAAGAAACCAAAAUAAUAACGGAUAAUGAUCAACACCAAAUCAACGUAAGCAAAACGAUAAAAAUCAAUUCAGUAAUGCCUUGCCCUCAAAAUCAUUAUUUUUACAAUGCCACUGGUAAAAUCAACAAAGAUAAAAUUAAAGAUUUUUUGGGUAAUCAAUUUAGUGAAGUUGUGGCUUGGUACAAGUAUCAAAAAAUCCCAGAUUCAAAAUUGAGCUUCAGGGAUAAGAUAAUACAUAGGCAACUUUUGGAACUGUUUGACACAAGUCCAGAACUCUUCAGUUGUUGCUUAUUAACUCACGAAGUAUCAUGGAACGGUGCAACACAAAGUUUUUCACAAAGUUUUGUAAGAUGCAAUGGCAUUGGAUGUGAUAAACUACCUGUAAGUAUACCGAAUCUGAGUGAACAGAACAAUAUGUACAAAAGCUCCGAACCUGCCUCCACUACAUUUAAUAAGAUUCUUUCGGACUUGAAAAUUGAUAAUAAAAAUACACAAGGACUGGUUAUAAUAAAUAAAAUCCAAAAUGCUCUGCAAAAGCAUAUAGAGACAUUGGUAAAAGACCUUUCAGAGUCAGAGAAGUACCUUUAUGAUUUAGAAAAAGAAGUUAGACAGUUGGAAAUGUAUAAAAAAGAAAAAGAGAAGAUUACAGAAUAUUUAUUCGGUGAUUCAAUAAAUACUAAUCAAAGAACAACUCCAGUAUCCAACAAUAAUCAGCAAGAAAACAAAACUAAUCCAAUCGAUACUACUUCAGAUGAGAAUUCUCCAGAAAUAGUACGAACACCGAUCAACAAAAAAACUAUCAGAGGGAGAGGGAAAGGGAAAGGGAAAAUAGACUCCAAAGAAUUGAGGAAAAAUUCCAAGACUGAAGAAUAUGGCGUUGUGUAAUAUUUUCAUAACAAUAUCAAAACAAACUAAAAGCUACUGUAUCCUUAUUUAAAUAUCGAUAUUUA